CUUGGGUAUUAGUUGCCUUAAGUUAGAGACUGCUCAGUUCAGAUAGAAGAAGAAUAACAAAUUCCUUUUCGUGUAAACAUUGAAGUUUUGAAAGUCGCUCUCGUCCCGGUCUGAAGUUCUCACAGACUGUAAUCAUAACAUGCAGCUUAAUCUCACAAGAGUAGACUACUUGCAAGUAGGCUUAACAUCUUCGCACUGUGUACGAGUUCUGCCAUCUAGCGGUGCCAAAGCUCAGCAGAAGGUUGUUGUUGGUGAUCAUGAUGGCCUCGUGCAGUUGUUUACCAUGAGAAAGGGUGAACCUCAGCUGGGAUUCAGAUCAGAUAUUGAGAAGCUGAUCACACGUGUAGAGCUUGGUGGAGCUUUAGGUACUGUACGAGACAAAAUAUUUGUGUCAUCAGGCAAUGAAGUCCGAGGUUAUACUAAAAAAGGCAAACAGUUUUUGGGGUUUGACACAAAUUUAACAGAGGAAAUAAGGUCUAUGCACAUAAGUGGGAGUGAUUUGUUAGUGUGUGGCAACCACAUAUACAAUCAUUAUCAUGACUGUCAAGAUGCUAGUUACUUCCUGGCUCCUGACAAAAUUAAUGAUGUUAUUUCACUUCCUGCAGAAAAGAUGAAGGCACUUGUUCCAAUUUUAGCAUGUGAAGAUCGACUCCUAAGGGUAAUGUCAGGUUCUGAUGUCUUAUAUUCAGUUGAACUGCCUUCACCUCCCUCCAGCCUACAACUGUUCUACAAUGAUGGGGGGGAACAUGGAGACCAAUUACUGUACGGCACUUCCGAUGGCAAGAUUGGUCUAGUCCAAUUGGGAAGAGGUUCUGCAGCACACCGUUGGGUAUAUGAUGGUACUACAAACACUGGACACGUUACUGCAUCUCAUCAUGGAGGAGUCAUAAGUAUGGAUCACUAUGAUAUGACUGGUGAUGGUGUGAGAGAUCUUCUGGUCGGCAGAGACGAUGGUCACAUUGAGGUGUUUUCUUAUGAAGAUGGUGAUGAAUCGGAACCAACACUGAAAUUUUCUUUGGCAUGUAAUGAGAGUGUGACUUCAGUUCAAGGUGCAGUAGUUGGAAAUUCAGGUUAUGAUGAGAUAGUAGCAUCUACUUACACAGGUUGGGUAUUUGGUGUCACAUCUGAACCAAUGGACCGUCACAUCAGUUCAGAGUCAGGAAUUGUACACAUCUCCCAAGAAUCAAAACAAAAGAUACAGAAGUUGAGGUACUUGUUGUUAAUUAGUGGCUGUUUGAACACAGGAUACUGUAAUACCACAGCUACAAAUAUGAAAAGCAUGAAUGCUAAAACCCCCUCAUUUUUGGACCACCUUGACGUGAUGACACUGAAUCGCUCAGAUGCAUCCUAUCUGCUAAGCCUAGAAGUUCAGACUGCUGUUGAUAAUGUUCUCCUACAAAGCGAUGUUCCAAUUGAUCUUCUGGAUGUUGAAAAGAACUCAGCUGUUGUUAGCUACAGUACCUGUGACCCAGAGAGUGGGAAUUUUCUUCUUGCUACUUACCGAUGUCAGGCAAAUACAACUAGAUUGGAAGUGCGCAUUCGUACCAUAGAGGGACAAUAUGGCACUUUGCAGGCUUACAUCACUCCUAGACUUCAACCAAAGUGUUGUCAGGUUCGACAGUAUCGUAUCAAGCCUCUGUCACUGCAUUCUCGAAUCCACAGCUUUGAUCCAAAUAGACCAUACAAUAUAUUAACACUUAAAGGACAAUUUACUCUCCCUGAGAUGCAUGCGUGGGUUGUAUUUUGCCUACCAGAGUUGCCUGAAAGAACCCCAGCAGAAGAGCAAGCAGAGUUUACUUUUGUUUCUACAUUUCUUGAUACUCAGUUGCAGUGCAUAUAUCGUGCUGGUGAGGCAGUCUUUAAAGUCAGGAACAUUAUUUCAACAAUAUCUAUUUUGAAGGAUGUCCUUAACCUAAGGAAGCAACACGUGCGGCUUGACAUUUCUUGUGAAGUUAGUGAGGAUAGUGUGGUUCAUGCUUUGCAUCUUCUUCAUCCUCGCUUGGAGGCCCAACUCAUGUUGGCAAAGCAGGUAUCUCUCAUUGAUGCCCUGAGAGAAUUGGGGUCUCAUGAGACAGAUACAAGCUUCCUCUCACCAGAAUAUCAACAUAUUUUAGAUAAUGCUGAUGACCUCAUGGCUCAAUACCGAAAACAACCAUGUCAUCUUGAGAGGCUUUAUGGUAUGAUUACAGACCUGUACAUUGACAAAUUCAAGUUUAAAGGAGUCAAUGUAAAGAGCCGUGUACCUCAGCUUCUAGAAAUCCUUGACAAUUAUGGAAGCCUUGAUCUCCAACAUCUAGUAAAUUUCUUUCAGUGUUAAGAUGACAUGAAAGAAAUUUCAUAAGUCUAAGCUAAACUUGCUUUUACAGCACAUUUUUAGUAUUGUAUACAUAUAUUUAUUUUAUUGUCUUUAGCUGUAAAUAAUUAUCAGAAUAUAUUUAAAAACAGCGAAUGUGGUAUUAGUGUCUAUCACG